GUCAAAUGUCUGUGCGGAGGUUUAUAACGAGGCCGGGGCUCUUCCAGGGAGCCAGACGCUGUGGUCUGAGAAGCAGGAACCCAGGAUGCAGCUGACUUUGUGCUUCGUGCCCCUGCUGGCCUCAGCCUGGGGUUAUCCCAACUACCUGUACGACGAGCCAUGGGUCAACUUGUUCCGGCAGGGCUUCAACUUCCAGUGCCCCCACGGUGAGGCGCUUGUUGCCAUCCGGAGUUACUUCAGCGAGGCGGAGGGCUCCGACCGCCUUUGGACCUUUGAGUGCCAGCCCACCCCUCCCAGCCUGGGGGAGCCCACUGAGUGCUGGUGGGACGACAUCAACCGUGCCGGGAUGGAAUGGACCUCCACGUGUUCCAACAACGGGCUGGUGGCCGGGGUUCAGAGCCAGUACUUCAGUGCCGUGCUGGACCGCGAGUGGCAGUUUUACUGCUGCCGCUACAGCCGCAGGUGCCCCUACUCCUGCUGGAAGACCAAUGAUGUUCCGGAAUAUUACAGGGAAGAGGCUGAGAUGGUCAUUCCAGGCUACGGCUACUUCAUUCGAGGGGCCCAGACCACCUUCAGUGCUGUGCUCAGGGAUCGCCAGUGGAAGUACAUCCUGUGCCGGAUGACCGACUUUGACUGUCAAUUUGAAAACUUCUGAAAGGCUGACAGUCGUUUCUGUGACACCCACUGCACCAGCUCACCUUCCCCGUCCACCCACCACAACCAAGGGCUUUUCCAGUUAACAACCACCCUGUUGAAAAACAGCUCGUACUGGGUUACUGGUUUGCAUGCGCACAGUGGAAGGAGCUGGGUGUCUACAGGGCUGUGAUUUUGUUACCCUUUUUGUUAUCCUUUUGUACAAGUUUAUUUGUAAUCCAACACCUUUUGAAAUUAGUAACCACUGUCAUUAAUGUCUACAAUGCAUAUAUUUCUUUCUUAUUUUAUGAUUUUAAUUUAGCUUGGUUAUUGGAACUUUCAGAAUUACUGGGAAGUUAUAUCCGUUACUUCGGUAAGCAGUACUGAGAAUUACUGGGAAGUUAUAUCCGUUACUUCGGUAAGCAGUACUCAGAAUUACUGAAACAGAACACAAUAAAUAAGCAGUUUAACUACA